AUGCAGGAUCAGGCGAGCGGGAACGGCGCUGGCGGCAACGGGACUUCAAGCUACGCCGAACUCCCUUACAUGGUAAGGUGCAGUUCCGAUUUCGAUUCGUUUAUAUUCCCGGAUUCUUACUUUCUUUUUCGUUGUUUCUCUCUUAGUGCAGGACCAGGCGAGCGGGAGCGGCGCUGGCGGCAACGGGACUACGCCGACUCCCUCACAUGGUAA